AUGUUCUCAAGUCGCGCCGUUCUCCGGGCCUCCGCCUCCGCCAGCGGUCGUAUUGCCACUCCUCGUGCGGCCCUCACAACCUCGCAGAUCCGGAACUAUGCAGCUCCGGCAGCUGGCGACUCGAAACCACCCGUUGCACUCUAUGGAGUUGAUGGAACUUAUGCCUCUGCGCUGUAUACCGCAGCCGUGAAGACCUCAACCCUCGACACCACCGCGAGAGCCCUCGCCUCUCUCCACGCCGUAUACACCAGAGACCCAAAGCUUUCCACCAUUCUGCAAGCUCCCACGCUCUCGGCCCAGGAUAAAUCCGCCAUCAUCACCGAGCUACAGAAACACACUGGCGGCGCGGAUAAGGGCGAUACCGUGAAGAACUUCCUGGAGACGCUGGCGGAAAACAACCGACUGGGGCUUUUGAAGGGCGUUUGUGAGAAGUUUGGCGCCUUGAUGAGUGCGCAGAGCGGGGAGGUUGAGUUGAUUGUUACAAGUGCCUCGCAAUUGGAUAACAAGACCCUCUCCCGUCUCGAGAACGCAAUCGCAAAAUCCCAAUACGCAGGCCAAGGCAGCAAAUUGAGAGUCACAAACAAGGUCAACACAGAUAUCCUCGGCGGCCUUAUUGUCGAGAUCGGCGACCGGACAAUCGACUUGAGCGUUUCAUCCAAGAUCGCAAAAAUGAACAAGUUGCUCACGGAUACCUUGUAG